AUGGCAAAUGUUACCGUCAAGAAGACCGAUUAUACUGCAGCUAAAAGUAUCUUCCAAAACACUAUAAUGGAGAUCCAGCUAAUUGAACGGGGAAUAUUAGCCAUUAAUUCAGAUUCAUUGCGCCCAGAACUACUCAAACAUCUGAUGCGUGAACACGCCUCCCUAUUUAUCAACUGUAUUUGUCAUCUUAUAGCUAGAGAUGAGGAUCUUCAGUGGCCAAACGCUAAUCCGCCUCAAAUUGGAUGCUCGCCAAAGGCUAGCAGCUCAGCCAAGAUUGGUUACAAUGUCACUGAGAACCGAUUUAGUGUUAAAAAGAAAGGAGAUGAUCAAAUGCUGGAUAAAGGCGAAGCUGAUGAAUGGGAUGCCUUAAAUUUUUCGAUUGUAGGCAAGUUUACUCUAAUUCACAUUUUGUUUUUUCGUCCUGAUAAACCUACAAGUCUCGUUCAACUUUACAAGUCAGGCUACAUGAUUGAUCAGCUUUCGAAUCCGAAUAGCAUCACUUCUGACCAGCGUAACCACCUCGUCAAACUACUCGAGGAUUCCACUUCUCCGUCUCUGCAAAAAGCAGCUCUGGCUCUCUCCCAACUCAAUAGUCUGCUGCGCAUUUGCACGCACGAGCCUGACUUGAUUCUUUCGACCACCGUAAAUGGAUCAAAAGACUCUAUUCUAUCGCAUCAUCACUUCUACACAAAUGUGGACAGCUUGGCUUCAUGUGGGCUCGGCAUGGACUUGUGUUGUGCCCUGCGCAGAACCGAUAAUAAACGGAAAAAGGAAGAGAAAAGCAGGGCACGGGAAUGGGCCUUACAAAUGGAACUUCCUAUCUCCGAGGCUGUCAAGAAUAUCCUCUCUGACCCAUACUCCGAUGUUAGCAUUUCUGCACCUGUCGUUGCACAUGCCGCUGUUUGCUUGCUCGCACAGGCCUUAGUCGGCUGCCCAGUCAGCGUUCCCGGCCGCCUUGUAGCUGACCUAGCCAAGUGGGUUAUAAACCGCGUCGCUCAGUUGCAACUUGACUCUGAGGUGACAGGCGAUGCGAAAACCAAGACUACUGAAAGUCCCGCUGUCAUGUAUUUGAUGAACUGUACGAAUGACAGCUUCAGUCCGCUCGUCGAAUUGGCUGACAGCGUGGCAGAACUCGCACGCCUUAGAAGCAAGGCCGAAAUUCAGAACAGGCAGAGGAAAUGCGAAGUAGAGGCUGCUGACCGAGACGAAAGUGAGUCCAGUUCAAAAUUGUAUUCGGAUAAAAUGGAUGAGAUAUCAUCGUUGAUGGUAAAAACAGAUGCCAUGCUGCGCAAAAUUCCAGGGCUGAUGGCUUAG